AACCGAUUUCCGGGUCGCAGCCGGGUGACGGGGGAUUGGGUAAGAGGCUAAUAGGAGAGGAGACCCUGAAGAGAAGAAGAGAAGAGAAGAGAAGAGGAGAAGAAGAGGAGCGGAGAGAUCAGGCCAGCAGACAGUAGAACCCGAGCACUAAUCAGAGCUAAUGAGAACAAUUGCAGUCCUUGGAGGAGGGAUCGGAGGGUUAGCAGCAUCUUACUACCUCUGCAAGAGUCCUCAGGUUGCCAAGGUGGUUGUGUUGGAGUCGAGCAGUCGUUUUGGAGGCUGGCUGUGGACCACCAGGAGGUCAGACGGUGCAGUGUUUGAACAUGGACCCAGAGGGAUUCGACCCGCUGGGGCAGUGGGACGCAACACACUCAAUAUGAUGGAUGACCUGGGUCUUGGGGGAGAGAUUUUGCCAGUCACCUACAGCCAUGUGGCCUCUCAGAACAGAUAUCUGUACGUCAACAAACAGCUCCACAGAAUGCCUUCAGGAAUCAGUGGACUUCUGCGUACUAUUCCACCCUUCUCUCGUCCCCUCCUGUUGAGUGUUGCCACGGAGAUACUGGUGAAGAAAGGCAAGGAAGAUGACGAGACCAUCCAUUCGUUUAUUACGAGGAGGCUGGGAAAAGAGCUGGCAGACAUCGCUGUGGACAGUUUGUGUCGUGGUGUGUUUGCAGGGGACUGCAGGAAGCUGAGUGUGCGUUCUUGUUUUCCUCUUUUCUACAACGCAGAGCAGCGCAGAGGCUCCCUGACACUGGGCAUGCUGCUGGGCUCAGGUCCCGGUCCUGUGGUCCCCCCUGGCCCUCUGGCUCAGAGAUCUAUCAAAGAGUCGUGGGCUCAGUGGUCCCUUCGCAGGGGGCUGGAGUCCCUCCCAGAGUCCAUCACUGAGUACCUCCAGCAGAGCGGGAAAGUGCAGAUUCACAGAGACGCAGCUGUGACACACAUCAGCCCUUCAGCUUGUGGCUGGAAGAUCAAUCUGAAGGAUGGAGUUGUAUCAGCUGACCACAUCAUCUCUGCACUGCCUGCUAAAGCCCUGUCUGCUGCCCUUCCCUCCUCGUGCCAACCUCUCAUCCAGCAGCUGCAGGACAUCACAUCAGUAACAGUCGCUGUGGUAAACCUGGAGUAUGAGGGUUCUAUUCUUCCUGUCACGGGCUUUGGUCACCUGCUUCCAUCAUCAGAGGAUCACGGUGUGCUAGGGGUGGUCUAUGAUUCUGUUCCCUUCCCUCAACACAACAGGCCUGAUGGACAGACGACCAGACUGACGGUGAUGAUGGGCGGGGCCUGGUUUCAGGAAGUGUUCGGGGACCCAGACGCAGUGACAGAGGAGCAUCUUUUAGCGAGAGCCACUGAGGCGGUGCAGCACCACCUGGGAGUCACCACAUCACCCAGCUGGAGUUGUGUGGCUCUACAUAGGGACUGCAUACCUCAGUAUUAUCAGGGACACUUUCGAAAAGUUGAGUCCAUGUGUAACUUCAUAAAGGAGAAGAAUCUCUCGCUGUCUCUGAUUGGUUCCUCCUAUGGAGGCGUGUCAGUCAACGAUGUCAUCUUUAGUGGACGAAAAGCUGUGGAGGAGUUACUGGGAGCUGGGGUAUGAUGGAGCUGGAGACACUGGAGCUCAGCUGAUUGAUGAGCUUGUGAUCAGAGUCACUCUGCAGGUCACUGAGGUCAGUGUCAGCACUGACCUGACAAUGUCAGGACUGGUUGGUAUAGAUGCUGAAUGGGGAAGCUCUUCUAUCUUCACUAACAUUGUGUAUGAUUGAUAUUGUAAUAUAACAGUGUCUAAUAAAGAUCAGUGGAGUUGAUCUGAAUGUGUUCAGACUGCUCAGGCACAGGUUCCUCUGCUCUCACAGUGACCUGUUGACCUUGUGUUCCUGAGAUCUUUAAUGGCAGUGUAGCCUGUUUACACAUCAUCUGGGCCAAAUACACUGACGUCAUUUCUGCUUUCAAAGACAUUUGAUCUGCCCAUGAAUGUGAUUUGCACUACAAGUAAAGCUUUAUUCUACUCAUGA